CCCCCCCCCCCAUCCUGACGAGCACGUGGUCUUCCGCCUCUCAUCCGGCCUGCCGCCAUCCAUGGCCGCUUCCCUCUUCCGCCUCUCCCGGCCCCGCCGCGUGCUCCUCCCCUUGUCCGCCCUCCGCCUCCCUCUCUCCACCCAGCCCCUCCCGCAGCCCCGGGACCCGUCCUCCCCCAAUUCCAACCGCGGCCUUCCUGCCUUCCUCUCCUUCCUCGCCGCCGCAGCCGCAGGCGGAAUCACCGGUUCCGUCGCUCUCUGCGAUGCCGCCCCCGACCACCGGGUCGGCGGGAAAGACAGCACCGAGCUGGUGGUGCGUGGGGAGCGCAAGCGCGUGCCACAGCAGUUCAUAGAAGAGCUCGCAUCCUUCCUCGGGGAGAACCUGACGGUGGAUUACGAGGAGAGGAGCUUCCACGGGACGCCGCAGAAUAGCUUCCACAAGGCAGUCAACGUGCCCGACGUCGUCGUCUUCCCAAAGUCCCAGUAUGAGGUACGGAAGAUUGUGAUGACUUGUAAUAAGUACAAGGUGCCAAUUGUACCAUAUGGUGGGGCUACAUCAAUUGAGGGACAUACGUUGGCACCUCAUGGUGGUGUUUGCAUUGACAUGUCUUCAAUGAAGAAAAUCAAAUCUCUGCAUGUUGAGGAUAUGGAUGUUGUAGUUGAACCAGGAGUUGGAUGGAUUGAGCUGAAUGAAUACCUGAAACCCCAUGGUCUCUUUUUCCCUCUUGACCCAGGACCUGGAGCCACUAUUGGUGGAAUGUGCGCUACACGAUGUUCUGGUUCAUUAGCCGUGAGGUAUGGAACUAUGCGGGACAAUGUUAUCAAUCUUCAGGCUGUUCUACCAGAUGGCGACGUUGUCAAGACCGGUUCUCGGGCUCGAAAGAGUGCAGCUGGAUAUGACCUAACUCGGUUGAUCAUUGGAAGUGAAGGGACUUUAGGGGUAAUUACAGAAGUGACUUUACGACUUCAAAAGCUUCCAUCUCAUUCCGUGGUUGCCAUGUGCAAUUUUCAAACGGUUAAGGAUGCUGCUGAUGUUGCUAUUGCAUCAAUGCAUUCUGGCAUACAGGUCUCGAGAGUGGAAUUGUUAGAUGAGGUUCAGAUAAGGGCAAUAAACAUGGCAAACGGUAAAAGCUUGCCUGAAGUGCCGACCUUGAUGUUUGAAUUCAUAGGGACAGAAGCAUAUGCACUUGAACAAACACUGUUGGUUCAAAAGAUUGCUGCAGAGCACCAUGGUUCUGAUUUUGUUUUUGUGGAGGAGCCGAAUGCUAAAGAGGAACUGUGGAAGAUCAGGAAGGAGGCACUUUGGGCUGGGUUUGCCAUGAAACCUGAUCAUGAAGCUAUGAUAACGGACGUUUGUGUUCCAUUGUCUAGACUUGCAGAAUGCAUAUCUGUAUCUAAGCAACUACUUGAUGCGUCACCAUUGACUUGUUUGGUUAUCGCCCAUGCCGGUGACGGAAAUUUCCACACAAUUAUCCUAUUUGAUCCAAGCCAGGAGGAAGAGCGAAGGGAAGCAGAGAGACUAAACCAUUUCAUGGUUCAUACUGCUCUGUCCAUGGAAGGUACAUGCACAGGAGAGCAUGGUGUUGGCACAGGGAAAAUGAAGGCAGUACCUGGAGAAGGAGCUGGGGAUGGAGUCACUGAGGACGAUGAAAAGGAUAAAGGCCGCGCUGGAUCCCAACAACAUCAUGAAUCCAGGAAAGCUCAUCCCACCCCACGUCUGCAUCUGACCAACCAAGUGCCUGAUUCCAUGGCAGUGGGUUCGGUUGUUCAAGUUUGUCGUGGUGCCGCCACUGAAUACGUCCAUGAAACAUUUGGAUCUGUUACAGCCUUACCCGAGGACACCAACACAUACUUCAUGAGUUACAAGUUACAACUUACAGUACCCGGCCCGGCCCGGCCAUACUGAGGCCCAGUUCUUUUGCCAGAAUCUAGGGAUUCUCCCAGAAUCCGACCCCUACCCAGCUUCUCCUAGAAUCUUUGAGCCCCAUUUGUUUCACAAUCCUAUCUAGUUAGGGUUUAAUUAGACAGGGUUGUAAAACAAAUGGGGCUCAAAGAUUCUAGGAGAAGCUGGGUAGGGGUCAGAUUCUGGGAGAAUCCCCAGAUUCUGGCAAAAGAACUGGGCCUGAAUAAAAGGACCAGGACGUUGUUAUCUCUUGGUGUUAUUUGUACCAAUAGUAGUAUACAUGCAUGGCACCGUUUACUGGGCCUGCUUCACAUAUUAACAUACCUCCAAAACACGAGGGAGUGGUUUACAUCCUGGUUUCACAAAAUAGCGUUCUUGCUCUA